AUGGAAACAGAAAUCACCUGUCAGGUCAUCAACCCCAAUGACGUCAUCCUCCCCCUGAAGGACGGAGAGAUGUUAGUGAGUGACAUCAUAGAGCUGGGUCCGCACGGAACAACCUUCCGCAAACCUGUCACUGUGCAGAUGCAGUACAACAGCAAGUCGUCAGGUGGCGCUAAGGAAGCUGCCGUGUGGGUCACUGAGGACAGGUCACAUUGGACGGAACUUAAGACAACUAAAGAAACCGAAGACAUGCUUUCUGUAUCAGUGGACCACUUCUCCAUCUUUGCCGUCAUCAGUCAACCUAAACAGGACCAGUUUCCAGUACCAACAGAAGGACGCACUCUGACGUCAUCAACGCAGCCUGCGGUACAAAUCAGCUUCCCGGAACAUGCUGUGACCACAGAAACCGAGGUUACAAUUCAGGUACAAGAGGUUCCAAAAAGCGCAGUUGAGGACAUCAAGGCAAAGAACGAGUCUGUCCAGAACCUUGUUGGAACCAGUCCGAUAGUCAAUGUCCAGACUGUGUCAACCUCCGCAGUCCAGUUCCACAAACCGGUCACAGUGCGAGUCCCACAUCCUCAGCACUACAUGGACAUCCAACAUGAGGGGCCCACCAAACUGAGGGUGAUGUCAUGUGAGGAGGGGACAGAAGACUGGAUGGAUGUGACAGACAACGUUACUAUCAGUCGGGUUACAGAGGAGUUUGUGGAGUUUGAAGUCACUCAUUUUACCAGAUGGAUUGUCGUUCUUGUCGAAGAUAUCUUGGGAAACACAGAAAAACUUGGACCAAUCCCAACAAUAGUCUGCCAAUGGCUUCAACGGCGUCCCGUCCAGUUCAUCCUACUGCAGCGAGAGGACAACGCAAACGAAGUCAUUGUAGAAUGCACCCUGGAUGGUUGUGCAGAAGAGAAACGGCCAAAGCUGAUGAAAGAAGGCUAUAAGGCCCAGUUACCUUCUGGCACAGAGCAUCUAUACGAAGGACAACAAGUGAACAUACGCUUCCAAGGUAACGUAAAGCUCACCCGAUACGGCGCGAGGGGGACGAAACAGCAAAUCACCUUCCACAGCCAGCAAUACAACCGCAUUCAUAUGCAUCUCAUGGCUUUAAAGGAUCGUGAGAAUUCCGGUUUGGAUGGUCAAGGAUAUGUUGAACUCCGUGCCCUACCACGCGUGGAGGUGGCAAAACAGAAAGUUGAAAGCGAAAUGGCGACAAUGGAAAGGUCAGCUCGUGAGGCAGAGGGAAAGAGAGAGCCGAAGCGUUGA